UUAUGGACGAAGCUGACGAGCGCGAUGUUGGAGAUUUUUUUGAAAUUCCUGAAAAAAAAUAUGAAUAUUUAGAUCAUCCUGCCGAUGUUCAGCUUCACGCAUGGGGUCAAACUCUUGAAGAGUGUUUUGAACAAACAGCUAUAGCAAUGUUUGCAUAUAUGACAGAUAUAGAAACAGUUAGUAUUCAGACCACUUGGACAAUCGAAUGUGAAGCGAGUGACAUAGAAAGCCUUCUAUUUAAUUAUUUAAAUGAAUUUUUAUACUAUUUCUCAGCUGAGAAUUUUUUGAUAGCUCGAAAAGUCAAAAUUUUAAAUAUUACAAAAGAUAAUGUAAAUGAUCAAAAUUUUGAUGGUGAUGAAAUACAUUAUAAAUUAAAAGCUAAGGGAUAUGGCGAAUCUUUUGAUUUAGCUAAACAUCCACAAGGCACUGAAGUUAAGGCAAUAACUUACUCAUGUUUACAAAUUUUAAAACAAGAUAAUUUUUGUGAAUGCUAUGUCAUCAUUGAUAUUUGAAAUAAUUUUAUUGAUAUUAUUGUAUAUACUUAUCUCAAUUCAAUAAAUAUGUUAUA